AUGAUAAUGUUUUGUCGUCAUGUAUGUGCUGAUAAUAAAGCGGAUUUACAUACGAUCGGAGAAUUCGAAACCUAUUAUGAUGCAUGUAGUGCCAUUUUCUGGUAUACACGUGAUUCAUUUCUCUAUCGAUUAUGGAACAAAGCAUUGAGAGAACAUUCGAUGAGAUAUUUUAUUAAAGAUAUCCAUUUAGCAUUAAUUGAAAAACACAUUUUACAACAGCGAAUAUCAAAAAAUAGUUCAACAAAGGAAAUUCUCUAUCGAGGACAAAUGAUGGCAAUUGAAGAACUUAAGUCAGACUGGACAAAGUGA